GCCUGAACGCAACGUAAGGGGCGGGACUUGCGUUUGAACGUACAGCGGGGAAACAGCCGCUAUGGGGCAGCCAUUGUGUGUCUGUUAAUGACGGCUUCAGUCUGGUGCAGUUUGACUCGCUGGUCAAAAUGUCAACAUAUUCUACACGAGAUUAGUAAUGUGUCACUUCUUCACGGCGGACUGCGCGGUAACUUCGUUUUUGCUUCGGCGACCCUUCUGACAGCAAGAUGCCUAUCCGAGCAUACUGCACGAUUUGCUCCGAUUUCUUCGAUCACUCCAGAGAUGUUUCUGCCAUCCACUGCGGACACACUUUCCACUAUGAAUGUCUCCUCAAGUGGUUUCAGACAGCCCCGACAAAAACCUGCCCACAGUGUAGGAAACAGGUCAGCACCAGACACAUUAUCAACAAGCUGUUCUUUGACAUCGGUGGAGAGGAGGAGGCAACAGCGGACCCAGAAAGCUUGCAGAAUGAGCUCGAUCGAAUGAAGGUGCUUUUAAGCUCCAAAGAGCGAGACUGGCGGGACAAACAGAAGGCAACGGACAACUUGAAGGAGAUCGUGGAAAAGCAGAGGAGAGACCUGGACAGUGUGCGGAAAGAGAUUAUGGAAAAGGAGAUGCUGUGUUCUGCCCUCAGAAAACAGAUGACAUACCUGGAGACGCAACACAAUGAAGUUCAGGCUGCCAAGGACGAGGCCUGGAGACUGAGGACCAAAAUGAAAACGUUUGAAAGCCUGGACGUGUUGUUGCAGGGCCAGAGAGCAGAGGUGGAGUCCAUGAUCACAGAUAUGGGUGUCAGCCAAUCAGCAGUGGAGCAGCUAUCCAUCUACUGCAUCUCGCUCAAAAAAGAGUAUGAUAAUCUAAAAGGAAGUCUGAAGUCUUCAAAUGACAUGUGUGAGAAGCUGAAGAGAGAAGUGCUCGCCUCAAACAACAAGUCACACAAAGCCUCACUGGAGGUGACUAAGACUAAAGAGGACAUGAAGUCUCUGCAGAAAGAUCUGGCCAAUGCUGAUAAAGAGAUCUCUAGUCUGAAGAAGAAAGUGGAGUUUCUCCAGAGGAGUCUGAGCACCCCGACACGGACAAAUGAAGCCCUCAGUCGGCUCGUCUUUGAAAGUCCGGCUCCGAUGGACUUGAAGCAGCCUUGCUUUCGCCAGCCUGCAGGUACCGAAGACAUUGACCUCAACAUGACUUAUGACAUCACUACACCAGAUGAUGUGGCCAAGAGGCCGUCAAAGGUCCCAUCCAAGAAGAUACGACUCGACCCUCCGGCGUCAUCUUUGUCCAAACACAGUGAGAAAAGUUCAUGUCCAAGCAAGGCUCAUGAUGAGGAUGGAUCCAUGGAUCCUUUUUUGAGGAACUCCCUCCUCUUCAGAAAGAAGACCUUCGGUAGCAUGUUGGACCCUCAGAGGAAGCCUGGAGUCCUGAGAACUGGUUACGAUGGUUUAGGAGGACGCACUAAAUUCAUCCAACCUUCUCCUCUAUCAGAGAUUCGCCCGCUGAUGAAAGCUAAAAGGAAGAAGGUGACCAGGCCUCCACCCAAGAUUGCGACUUGCCUGACACUGGACAGCUUCCUCGAGUAAACGCUGACCUCUACUGCCUCAGAUGUAGUAGUCAAAGGUCAGGAUGCUGUGUGUGUGUGUGUGUGAAGCGUAAAGCAUGUUUUGCGCUGCUCUGGCGUAGAGAACCGGCCCGGUAGCUGUUCUGCCACUCGACACCAAACAGGACUUUGUGAUGGAACUUUAAUUUAAAAGCGGUAACUGACCUCACUCUUGACAAGAGAUGUUGAACUUUUGGUGACAUCAGCAGAUUUUCUGUAUAUAUUUUUUUCUUUUUUGAUGGCUUGACUCGGUCUGUGGAGACAUUUCUGUUGUUGUGUGUCUGUAUGUGUGUGUGAGACCAUUUGAAUGUCACUGCUGUGCAUUAUGUCACUGAUACUCUCUAUAAUUCUCUAAUUAUUUUUCCCCAAACUGUCUCCUUCAUCACCUACACAUGAAUAUACAGUAUGUUUUUUUAGCUUUAGAUGUAAACCAAUUCAAAUAAACAGUAUUUUUUUUAUUAAG